AUAUUUAUAAUUAGAGCACUGCAAACAUGGCGACUGCAAUGUAUCUGGAGCACUAUCUGGACAGUCUAGAGACACUGCCAACAGAGCUGCAAAGAAACUUUAACCUGAUGAGAGAUUUAGAUCAACGCACACAAGACCUACUAAAGGACAUCGAUCAUCUCUCUGAGGACUAUUUAAAAAAUGUAAGAGGAAUGUCUCCAGAGAAACGAACACAGAAACUAUCAACAAUAGAAAACAAAUUCUCUAAAAGCAGAGAGUAUGGGGACGAUAAAGUACAGUUAGCAAUGCAGACAUAUGAAAUGGUUGACAAACAUAUACGAAAGUUAGAUGCUGACUUAGCAAGGUUUGAGGCAGAUCUGAAAGAUAAGACGUCAGCUUCCAAGCUCAAAUCUGAUUCUGACUCAUGCAAAAAGAACAAAGAUAAAGACAAAAAGAAAAGGAAAAAAGAGGAAUUUGAUGAUGAAAUUCCCAAGAAGAAAAAGAAGAAAGGCCAACAGAGUCCUCCAGAAGAGGUAGUGUCAUCCAUACCGAUCUUGUCAACGUUAUCCAUCACCCACCCCUCGGAUGUCCUUGACAUGCCUGUCGACCCCAAUGAGCCGACCUACUGUCUCUGUCACCAGGUGUCGUAUGGCGAGAUGAUUGGCUGUGAUAAUCCAGAUUGUCCCAUUGAGUGGUUCCACUUCGCUUGUGUGGGGCUGACCAUGAAACCCAAGGGAAAAUGGUUUUGUCCACGAUGUACAGAGGAAAGAAAGAAAAAAUGAGCCAAUAUGACAAGAUUAAGUCCAUACAGAGCUGAAUAACUAAGAAGCAUGUCUCAUGUCAACACAGAGCCAGGCUUUACUUUUACAGAAAACAGUCUGAAAGAUGUGCAUGUGUAACCAAAUAUAAUUUAAUAAGUUAUUUUAUUUAUUUUGUGUCAGCACUUGAUCAAAGAUCAACAUUUUAUAAAGAUUGGAUAUUAGUAGGAAUUGUUUUGAACAAACCUGUUCUCAAGAUCUGAUAAAUCUGCUUUUAAACAUUUUUUUUAAUUAGAGUCUGCUUUGUCAAAUAAUAUCCAUCACUGUGAAGAAAUAGAGCCUAUAUCAGUGCAUGCUAAAGCAGUUCCAAUUUUUACUCAUUAACAUGAAUAAUACACAGGGAUGGUGAAAUCAUUUUAUCAUUCAAAUGUGUCUUUUUUUCUUUUGUUUUUGUAAACCUUUCACAUGUUUGAAUCUAGGAAGUACUGGGGAAUGAUUUCUCUAAAGAAUGUUAUGAAUUUAUCCAAGACUCAUGUUUAUGUUUCGCAGUUGAAAGCUUUUUACCAAUAUAAUAUGUGCACAGAAUCUAUGGAGUAUUUGAUUCCAUGGAUUUUUUGUAAGCCAGUGAUGAUGACCACUGUGUUGAUUGUUAAGCUGCAUCAGUGAAGGUUGUUUAAUGAAUUAUUCACAGUUUCAACAAGAUGUUAUAGUAAUUUUGUUUUGGCAGAAAGCACUUAUUGUUAUUAAUUGUUUCCAUGUCUUGUGAGCCGAAACCAGUAAAUGUUGAAUUAUUAGCUCAUCAAAGUCGAAAGCUUAAGUGAGCUUUUCUGAUCAAAGUUUGUCCUUCAUACUUGGAUGUUUGCAACUUGCCACAAAGCAUCUUUGAUUGAAGGGAAUUCAGUUUUAUUUCCGAAGAACGUAAAUUAGUAAACUAAGGGUGGAUCAUUUACUGGUGGAGUACGCCCAGUCAAAAUCUCAAGUUUGAUUGGGCCAGAAUACACAAAACUCGUGUGAAAAUUUUCUUACAUAGAGUUCAAAAAUACAAAAUUCAAUUUGUAAAUAUUGGCCAUGAAGGGGCCACAUUAAUGGUUAUGAUUACAUUAAUGGUUAAGAUUUUCAUGAAGAAUCUUUUAACAUGACCAUGUUGAUAUGAAUGUAUGUGCAUUUAGUAUGUAAUCAAAUGUGUUCAAACCAUAGCUCUUUGGGGUAGGAUUAGGUGGCAGUAAGGGGUCUAAGUUGGGCCACAACAAGGGUUUUCAUUUGCAAUUAAUUAAAAUGGGAUUCAGGUGAGCAUUGUGGCACAUGGAUAUGUUACAUAUAUUUUUACCACCAUUCAUGCCAAAGACUAACAUGAGUAUUCUUUCAUUUAUUCUAUUAUUUGAAAAAGGAGAAAAAAAAUGGAAAAGUGGUUUGAUUAUAAAUCAUAGAUUCAUGCUUAAUUAUUACACAUUUGUUUCAACUCAUCAUACUUCAUUGGAGAAUUAUUAAUUGUUAUUGUUCAGUAGACAGCAUUUUUAAUUCCAGUUUUUUUGUUAUUGUUAAUCAUGUUGUACUUAGGCCACACUGUACUCUACCAUGGUGACAUUUAUUUACCUGUUUUAAGGGCUUUCCAUGCUGUUCAAUGGCAUUACUGAAAUACCCCCAUUCUAAAAAUACAUUUACAGUUGAGCCUUGUUAAUCUGGACACUUGGGGUCACAAACAAAUCAUUCAGAUUUAAUGCAGUGCUUGAAUUACUGAAACGGACCAAAUUAAUAAUUAUGUUAAUUGGUAGAUACAAUUGUUUAUUCUGUUCUCCACAAAUUUCGUCUGAAUGUGACACGACCAGAUUAAUGGCUUCCGGAUUUAUGAGGCUCCAGUGUACUACUGUCUAUCUGUCAGAAAAGCAUAGUAUGUACAAUUUAUAAAGUACAUGUAUGUUUCUUCAAUUUGUUCUAUCUGCGUCAUAAACCACUUCAUCCAAUUAAUGCCUCAUUUUUAUCUUGACACAAAUGUAAAAACAAAAAAUUCAUUGUUUUAUUGUUAUUUGUACAAAAUAAAUCAUUGCUAAGAUGAAAA